AUGUCUUUUGGUAUCUCAAUAGGAGAUAUUGUUCUCUGCGCCCAAGUAGCCCACCGUUUGUUUUCAUCUAUCACUAGAGGGCGCAGACAGGCACCGCAGGAUCUUAAAGAACUACAAGUUGCACUCUUUGGGCUUUACUGUGCUCUGGGAAUUUUGAAAAGGGAAUAUGAGACAGUUCUCGCAAGCAUGCCUCCUGAGCACAGCGCCGCUUUGGCGUACAUGAUUCAAUCAUGCCAAGACACACUUCACGAACUCGAUAAUGCCACGGCCCAAUAUCGUGAAGCCACCGACGAUCGAAAUGCAGCAAUUGGACCUAUCAGAACACAACUCAGGAUACAGUGGAAACGAAUCAUGUGGAGUUUCCGUGGAGACACUCUUACAAAAUACCGACAAAAGCUCCAAACGCAUACUGAUUCGAUCAAUCUACUUCUGAAUACCUUUCUAUGGUUAGUCUCGGGUACCACUCUGCGUCUCUGGGCAAAUCUAACGAGGCUUUAUUUUACAGGUCUGCUACCGGUCGCAUUGAGCAAGGAAGCCGAUCUCAUGAGCAGAGGUUAA